CAAACAACUACCUCAAACCUUGGUGUAGAUAGCGGUCUCGCCCUCCUCGCCAACGUCAACGCCUCAAGCACAAGUCAAUCUCAAAAUGGGCCUUCAAGAAUUCCAGGUCGUCGGACGUCACUUACCCACUACGAAUGAGCCCAACCCUAAAAUCUAUCGCAUGCGCAUCUUUGCUCCUAAUGAUGUCGUUGCGAAAUCCCGGUUCUGGUAUUUCCUCAGGCAAUUGAAGAAGGUCAAGAAAGCCAGUGGUGAAAUCAUUGGUGUCAACGUUAUACAUGAGGCAAAACCUCUGAAGGUCAAGAACUUCGGUAUUUGGAUCCGCUACGACUCGCGAUCGGGAACCCACAACAUGUACAAGGAGUUCCGUGACCUCACCCGUGCUGAUGCAGUCAAAAGCCUUUACCAGGACAUGGCUGCCAGGCACCGUGCCCGCUUCCGGUCGAUCCACAUCCUCCGCGUUGUUGAGAUCGCUAAGUCUGAUGAUGUCCGCCGCCCCUACAUCAAGCAGCUCCUUACCCCCAACCUCAAGUUCCCUCUCCCUCACCGUGUUGGUAAAACUGCUGCGACAUUCGUUGCUAACCGCCCUUCCACUUUCUGAUUGUCUGUCACGAUGUGAAGGCGCCAUGGAGUAUGGAUUUGCUUGCAUACCUAAGUACGGGUUCAUAUGUAAAAUUUCUUCGUCCUGCAAUGGUCGAUAUUCACAUGCAUAUAUGACAUCCAUGCUCAUCAUUUCCAUCUUUUGCGAGAUCUGUAGGUGAUUCUACCUGUGGUUGACCACGGAGCACUCUGCAGUUGUUGUUCUAGUCGGCAUGAUCUCACAGUCAUCACACAUUUGUAACACGAUUAGGGCUCCUGCCUGAGCAGCUGUGGUACUCAUAUUCUCUCAAAUGCGGGAGACAUCUGUGGAUGGUCUCUGCUGGCCAGACAUAAUCUACGCCACUGUUAAUAAAGAUAGUGUGG